CAGAGCUAUGUGGAGCACGUGACAGCUGACGCUUUGAUCUUCUGUGGGAUGUUCUCUCGAGGGAAUUCGCUCACCAAUCAUGUCUAAUACGCACGCGUCUUGUGACGUAACGGAUUGUGACGCAUCAGAGGCACUCUAUGUUAAAUCUCUUGUCAUUCUGAAAACACGUCACUUCAAGAAGAGUAGCAAAGCAGAUCGUCCUUUUUGAGUUUUGGAUCCAAAAAAGCUUUUUAAAAUGUUUCAGUCAAGUGGACUAAGGAAGAGAAAUAUCUCCAUCUCAAUUGACAACGUGGAGGACAUAAUAUUGCCUCGUUUGAAGACUUUAUCACCGGCACAGUGGACCUUGCUUUCACAAGGUCUGAAGGAUUCACAUAUUACAGGGGUUCUGGCUGACAUACUUAGCGACAUUUUUCAGCAAUGUGUGGAAAAUUCAUUGAAAAUCCUGAUUCCAAUGAUUGAAGAGAAUGUCGAGGCCUAUGCAAUGACUGAUAAAAUAAUCAGUGUGCAUUUAAACAGUUUGAUUACAGCAGAAAUGGCCAACGUUCUCCAGGUUUCACCAGAAAUAUGUCACAGUGGGAAGGAGUUAAACUCAUUGAUGGAAGAGGAGGUCUCUCGAAAAGUAACUUCUAUUGCAAAUGUGAUCAGAAGGACCCCCGUUUAUCCCGUGGAACCUGCCGUGUAUGUGAGUGGCCGCUUUUCCAACCUAAGAAAUCUCAACAAAAUGGUUUCCAACACAGUUACAUUUUUCCGAAAACAUCUUAACAGAGCCAGCUCAAGUUGUGUUGACAGAUACUGGAGCAGAUUCAUGAAGAAAAAGGAGGCCUUAAAUCUGCCUCCACCAAAACCAAAGAUUGCAUUUGAACGUCCAGAGGAAAGUGUUUCUGCAGUUGUAACAUCUCCCUUUUUUCUGGCCUUGGUUGGUGAGGGAAUUACAGAAAUAAUAGAUGAUUCAGAUAAUUUAUACGAUGCCAAAACAGCAGACGAUGUUACAGAAUUUUGCCCGUCAGUAGAUCCUUUCAAAACAAUUCAAGUGGCAGAAGCAAUUAGCCAAACUAUCAUUGAGGACCUUCAUUUCUGCAAAUCCGAAGGUUCAGUUAGACAGAAAGAUGAGAAAAGUUCAUGCACGCCACAUUUUAACUUGAAAAAUAUUGUUGGUGAUAUCAGAAGCCUAUUUUCAUCAAAGCUCAAAACCGCUCCAGCUGGAAGACAACAAAUAACCAGCAAACCAGAAUUUUCCAGCUUUGCCAAGCAGCGGUUCAGCAGUAUGGUGUCUUCAUUGGAGAAAUCAUUGGAUUCAAGUGACACAAAGGUGGUCAAACUGAAACAUGACCCAGGUAGAUCAAACAGACUCAUGUGCUUCAUGUUUCCUGGAUGCGUUCCUGAGUAUUCAUCAGAUGAGGAAAGCCCAAAACAUCGAGACUACACAGAGACAGACCACAUUCCUAAACUGGAUUUUCAGUCUAUCAAACCUCAGAUUGACAGCCUGUGUGCAGAAUCUACAGGGAACCAAUUUCUAAAUGACAAGAUCAAACAGUUUGUAAAGGAACUGACUGAUAAAUUAUACGCUCAAAUCAUGAGGAGCCAUUAUUUUCAAAUUCCUGUUCCUCCAGAAGGAAAAUAUCUUUCAGAUUCUGUCCUCUCUAGCAAGAAAGUAAGGGACGCUUCUGGCCAGAUACAAGUUUGCCCUGAAGUCUUCUAUGCCAGAGCAGAAGACGAGAGCCAGGGACCUUGGUGAGAUGGGCACAGGUGUUCAUCAUCUGCAAUCUUCUCCGGAGCUUCAUAAGGGAGACGCAGCCUGCACUUUGUUGCCUGAGUGCUAGCCCCCAGUGGUUUCCUGGCAAUAUCUCGUUGACUGGAAUGGUUAUGGUCCCGAAGACCGAUCCUGGGUGCCCCGCUCCUUUAUCUGUGACCCCUCUAUGAUUUCGGAUUACCUGGCCUCCUUACCUUCUAUGCCUUCUGGUCAGGCCAGGUUGCAGGAAAUCUGCGACCUGGCCUCCUGGUUCUGACAAGGACAUCAGCUCUGAUCCAAUCUCUAUUACCUUCCAUACAACCUCCUCAGACCAAAAUUGGCUGGCUGCCUCCUGAGGCUCUGGAUCAACAAACAUCUGCAAACGAACCUGCCCAUACUCCAACGUGAGUCAAGCGGACCUCCGCACACAACUUCACUAAUCGUUCCUAGUUAAAGGUUGAAGAAGAGAACGUGACUGAAACUUACCUCAUCCAUUCGGAAACUUCACCCGGAGAGAUCCACUUCCCCAGGCUUCUACCAUCCCCUCCUCUGGUGGCCUCCACCUUCUCAUCCUCUGAUUCCUGCCACUUUCAAGUCCUGAUCCAGACAUUCUGUUACCGAUUCAAUAAACAAACCUAAGAACUG